UUUGCCUUGCUCAUCCUCCGCUGGGGCAGCAUCUCCCGGGUGUAGCUACGUAUCCAGCGUCCCCUCCCCGCAGCGCCUUCCUCGGCCAGGGGAUCUAGGGGUCCUUCCUCCAGCCCCCCCAGUUCUGCAGCAGCCGCCCCCCCCCGACACACCAUGGCUAUCGAGAAAGAGAAAAAAACCUGCGGGCAAGUCAUGGCGGAGUGGCGAGAAGCCAUCUGGAAUCCGCGCACCCACCAAUUUAUGGGGCGCACCGGCAGCAGUUGGGCCUUGAUCCUGUUCUUCUACCUGGUGUUCUACGGUUUCCUCACGGCGCUUUUCACGCUCACCAUGUGGGUCAUGCUGCAGACGGUCGACCCCUACAUCCCCAAGUACCAGGACCGCCUCUCCGUGCCCGGGAUGAUGAUCCGCCCCAAGACAGACACCCUGGACGUGACUUUUAACGUCAGCAACACGGAGACCUGGGACCGUUACGUCAAGAUGCUGAACGACUUCCUGGAGCCCUACAACGACUCCAUCCAGGCGGCCACCAACGAUGCGUGUCGCCCGGGCCGCUACAACGAGCAGCCGGACAACGGGGUGCUGAAUUACCCCAAGCGGGCCUGCCAGUUCAACCGCACAGCGCUGGGCGCCUGUUCGGGCCUCAACGACCCCACCUACUACGGCUAUGCCGACGGCCGGCCUUGCAUCCUCAUCAAAAUGAACCGGGUCAUCAACUUCUUUGCAGGGGCCAAUCAGACCAUGAACGUCACCUGUGCCGCGAAGAAAGAGGAGGAUGCACAGAAGUUGGGGGAGAUGGUGAUGUACCCCCCAAAUGGUCACAUCGACCUCAUGUAUUUUCCCUACUACGGCAAGAAAGUCCAUGUGAACUACACCCAGCCCAUCGUGGCCGUCAAGUUCCUAACCCUGGAGGCCAACGUGGACCACUACGUGGAGUGUAAGAUCAACGCGGUGAACAUCGCCACCACCGACGAGCGGGACAAAUUCGCCGGCCGCGUGGCCUUCAAGAUCCGGGUCAACAGGGACUAAGCCCCGCUUCCCCCUCCCCCCACCUUUCCCGGGGCUCCGCCCCCAAAUGGGCAGGGCUUAAUGGAGGAGGAGGAGCCAGUUUUCAUCAGGGGAGGAGCCCCCAGCACAUUCUGGGCGGGGCUUGAUGGAGGAGGAGGGGCCUAUUUCAUCGGGGAGGGGGACCCCCCUGGGAUUUGAUUUUAUUUUUUUUGCGGGAGCGGGGGGGUGUUUGCUCUUGAAAUCGUCCUGCUGAGAAUCCUAGGAUGACUAACCUGGCUCUUUGGCCAUUUUAGUGACCUUCCCUGUCCCCCUCACACCCCAAUUCUGCCCCCCCACCCCAAAACAUAGUGAUUACACUGAAGGGUCUGGUACCACCCUACACCCCUCCCCUCAAUCUUUUGGAAUGCUACGUCUCUUUGAUCUCUUCUAAUGCCCCUUCCCCCCCUUUUUUUGGGGGGGGCAGCUCAGAACCUGUGACCCCCCCCUUUCUCCUGCCCCUUGAAAUCCCAUUGAGAUGUUUCCUAAUAUAAUAAUAAAUGUAUAUAGAUAUUUUUUAUAUAUAUAUAUAUAUUAAAAAUUAAGGUACGGCUGAGACCUCUAUUUUUCCCCCCCCCAUGCACCCCUCCCCGCACACUUCUCCCCGCUCCCCGUUUUCCAUCCUCCACCCCACACCCCUACAAUAGAUGUUGAAAUUUGGUGCGUUUGUCUUGAGCUGGCGGCCAUUUUGUUUCCCUGAGCUAGUAGGUGGCAGGGUUGAGUGGAGGGAUGUAGGCCGGGAAAUUGGAAUGACCCCACUUCCGCGGCCAACCGUACGGCCGCCGUUGUCCCCGUAGGUUAGAAAACAAAAUGGCUGAACAGCGGUUGCCGUAUUGUGGGAUAGCAGCCAUUGUCCGUGUCGGUUGGGAAUCAAAAUGGCUGCCAUUCCGCAGCCAAUGACAUGGCUGCCCUCAUCCAUGUAGACCGGGAAUCAAAAUGGCCACCAUUCCGCAGCCAAUGACAUGGCUGCCCUCAUCCGUGUAGACCGGGAAUCAAAAUGGCCACCAUUCCGCAGCGGAUAACAUGGCUGCCCUCAUCCGUGUAGACCGGGAAUCAAAAUGGCCACCAUUCCGCAGCCAACGACGUGGUUGCCCUUGUCCGUGUAUGCCGGGAAUCAAAAUGGCCACCAUUCCGCAGCCAAUGACAUGGCUGCCCUCAUCCGUGUAGACCGGGAAUCAAAAUGGCCACCAUUCCGCAGCAAAUAACAUGGCUGCCCUUGUCCGUGUAUGCCGGGAAUCAAAAUGGCCACCAUUCUGCAGCCAACGACGUGGUUGCCCUUGUCCUCGUGUAAGCCGGGAAUCAAAAUGGCCACCAUUCCGUAGCCAACGACAUGGCUGCCCUUGUCCAUAUAGGCUGCGAAUCAAAAUGGCUGGACAACAGCUGCGGAAUGUCCACCAUUUUGACCCCCUGCCCUGCAAAAGAGACACGGCGGCCAUUGUCGGGGUAGGCCUGGAAUCAAAAUGGCAGCCGUCGGCUGUGGAAAUGUGGCCAUUUUGUUUCUUAGCCUCUGCGGCAAAAAGUCUGGCCAAAGUCUGUGGGCCAGGAAAGGAAAAUGGCUGCCAUUUUCAGCCGACGUUUGGCUCUGUCUGUGGAAACACAAAAUGGCUGCUGUAGUCAAAGGCUUGACAUAGCCUCUGAGGAACGGUCGCCAUUUUUAAUCUUGGUAUUCAUGGCCAAAAGCUUGGCUGUGUAAUGGCGGCCAUCUUGGAUUCCUGGCCUCCUUGGCUAAUGGCUGCCAUGUUGGGCGGUGCAAUGGUGGCCAUCUUGGAUUCCUGGCCAACAGAACUGAGGCCGCCAUAUUGGGCUGUAACCUUUCCAGCACCUCCUUCUAAGUCGUACCCCUGCUUCCUACCAAUGUGACCCCUUUCCUCAUCUUAGGGUCUGUCUUCCUCUUUUAAUGUACAGUUAUUUUUAAUCUGUCUUUUCGCUUAAUGCGGCAUCUGCACUGAGACAAGACUUGCCCCUCCCCCCCAGCAUCCUGGGAAAUUCCUUGCACCCCCUUAACUCUGCCCUUGAAACAGCUGACGCAAACGUUGCCUGUAUUAGACUCCUGCCUGGUCUCUAGUCUUCUCUGCUGUUGUCUGUAAACCACAAGAGAAACAAUUCCCUUUUAUUUGGAACUGGAAGUAAUUUUUAAAAAAUAAUUAAAUCCCCCUCCCCCCCAUUUUCCUAAUGCUGCAUCCUUGAGAUCACUGUAUGAAUGAAAUAACAACUCCUGUGCUUUUUAACUUUUUAUUAUUAUUAUUAUUAUUAUUCUGGUUCGUUUUUAUUUGCAGAAUUAUUUAAUUGCCUGUAUCGGAUCCACUGUAAAAGAUGAGAAGAAAUAAACAAAAAACCCACCCUUAAAAA